AGAGUGAGCUGACGGAAUGUCCACCUGCAGGAAACAAGUGGAGAUGACAGGCAGGAUAGACAAAACAUUUGUCAAGAACGAUGAACUGGUUUCGACAUAUGAUGUUAAUUGGCUAAAUAAGAUGGUAAAAAUGGUUGUUUUCGAAUUUGUAUCUUUUUUUUAAUGUAGAGCUGUUUUAUAGUUAUUAAUGUAUUAUUAUUAGGCUUGUAGUAUUAAUAUUAUUCAUAAUUCUCAUUAUUAACGUCGGUAUUGCCGGUAUUAAACACAGCCAGAUAUGAGGUUCAGUCCAAAAAGAGCCGAACUCAGCGAGGUACAGGGGACAGUAACUUCACACGGGGCCAUUUUAUGUACUAUCACUUAAGAAACACAAACAAGCAAAUAAUUAUUAUUCGCCAUUUUUUAGCAGCAGAGCGUUAAGUCAUUUAAAUCUGCUCAGUGUACUUUCUGAGCGUCUCACUCUGAGCGGCUCACUUACUUAACGCGCCCUGUCUGUCUGACGAUUUCGUUUGCGUUUUAACUGCGAGUGAGCACUUGUGUUUAGCGGGCAGCAGGAAUAUCCGUAUGGCUUAAUGUCUCAAGUGUUGUUAUUGUAUAAUGAUAUUAAAGACAUUCUUUGCUUUAUCAUCCAAGCCCAAAUGAUACACACGUACUUUUAAAGGACGCUCUUUACGGUAACCUGACAUCAACUAAAGCGUAUAAUUAACUUAUUUGUCUGAGCUUUCCUUAGCGACGCGUCUAGCAACGGACCCUGAACUUUGUUUUUCUUUUCGUUGUUCAAUACGGAUGUGUUCAAUUCCAUUCAAUGGACAUGAGUAGUAAAGGUCAGAUUUAGAAAACCAUAAUACACUAAUUCGGUAAUGCUGUACAUGUUUUAAAUGCUGCUAUUUUAAGUAACCUCGACUGUGGGAUGUGAAUAUGCCGAAGAAAUUAAAGAAAUCUAAACUCAAGAAAAAAGCUUCUGUCCCUGUGCCUGACCCGACAGAAGAGCCCCAGACAGACCAGGAGAUCCUCAGCAAUCCGGUGCCUGGGCAGCAAAGUGACCAGGGAAUAAUGAAGAAGAAAAAGAAAAAGAAGAAACAGCAGAAAUUAACAAAAGAGGAAAAGAAACUGGCAAAACUGGAGAAAGCCAGCAAGGAAUUCCAGUCAAACACUGAUGAAUAUGAGCGGUUCCUGGAUCGGAUGGAUGUCUGGCUCAAGGAUCACCAUCGCCUGUCAAUGGAGCUCUUCUCAGCCUAUGAUAUGAGUGGGAGAGGGAUUCUCAGCAGCGAGGAUUUUCAGCUGGGCAUGAAGGACCUGGGUAUCCCCUGUGUUGAAGUCCAGCUCCACAUCCUGACUAAACUACUUGAUCACAACAACAAUGGGAGCAUAGACUAUGUUGAACUUGGCACAGGUUUACAAAAAGCAAGGUUUCAAGAUUCAAAAGCUGCUUAUGCUGAUGAGGGAGAGGAUCUAGAUGAGGGAAAUAAGGGAGAGGACGGAACAGAGGAAGAAAGAGACCCCACUGAAGAAGCUGAGCCUGUUUUAGAGUUCACUAAAGAGAAGCUGGAGCCCUGUGCUGUGUGUCAGCUGGGACUCUGGAAACCACUGCAGACAGACAGAAGGUUCAUAUUUGUGAAACUACGGCUCAUAACUUUUGAUAAUGUCAAAUCCCACCCUGGGCAUUUUGAAGAGGUGGUCCGCUCCAGCAUCAAAGUCUAUGGUUUGAUCAAAAGGAUUCGAGAAUACGUGGGAAUCGAAAGCACAAAGCUGAAGAUUUUUAAGGAUAAAACGUGUUCCCAGCAGUCUUUUCUUCCUCCAGGCCAGUCUCUGGAAGAAUGUGGCUUCGCCGGGGGCCCUCGGCAAUCUCCCUACCUUGCCACACUGUACUACGAUUAUACAGUUGACUUUCAUGACAGUCCAAUUGUAAACUGUGACCAUUACUUUGGCUUUAGAGGGCAGUAAACUUGGAGGUUGUGCUUUUAUCCACAUCACUCGUCUAAAGCAAGACUUCCUUGUUUAAAUGUAUACAGUGUGUAUGAAACUAGUCUGGGCCUAAAACUCUGUUCUGCACAGUUUAUCUGACACCAUUACUUACUUUCUGGUCAUUGAGUUACAACGCAGUCAACCAAAUAUGUAUUGAAUUACCAGAAUUCCCUUUCUAUCAGUAAUUAAUACAGUAGUGUGUGUGGUAGUGUCUUAGCUCUGUGUAUGGGGAGCUGUGUCUCCAUUUUAAAAGCCUAACUGAAGGUGAAUUGUUUUCAAUUUGUUUAAAAUAAAAACCUCUUAAACGCUU